UCACUAUUAUGAGUGAAUUCACUGUUGUCAAUCUGAAGCCUCCAUGUGAUCAUCUGACCGCGAGCAACACGCGGGAACAAGACCGAGUCAUUCAGCUGAGACGCAAAUAUCUGCAUAUUAUUGACGUAUCGGAUUUUUAUACUGUUUAUGUGAUUAUAUAUAUAAGUUAUAUAUCUUUUUGUCUCUGCUUAUUACUUUGGACGAAGUGAUGUUGACUAAUAAACUGUUGACCCUGGUGCUGGUGGUGCAGCCCGGACGGGUGUUGUUGGGAAUGAAGAAAAGAGGCUUUGGAGCGGGCAAGUGGAAUGGGUUUGGAGGGAAAGUCCAGCCAGGAGAGACCAUAGAGCAGGCGGCCAGACGGGAGCUGCUAGAGGAAAGUGGCCUCACCGUCGACACCCUCCACAAGAUUGGCAAUAUCAAAUUUGAGUUUAUUGGGGAAACAGAACUGCUGGAUGUCCACGUUUUUAGAGCUGACGCCUAUAAAGGAGAGCCAACCGAAUCAGACGAGAUGAGGCCGCAGUGGUUUGACACCGAUAAAAUACCUUUCGGCCAGAUGUGGGCAGAUGAUGUCCUGUGGUUCCCACUGAUGCUUCAGAAAAAGAAGUUCUUGGGAUAUUUUAAAUUCCACGGUCACGAUGUGAUAGUGGAGCAGAAACUGGAGGAAGUGGAGGAUGUGUGAUUGGGGUUUGGAUACCACUGAUGAACUUUGCCACUGUAUCAGUGGAAAUUAUCCAACUACAUGCCUUCCUGGAUACUAUGUGAAAUCCUGAGAUGUACUGUAAAAAUGCUGUAGUUUAAUGUAAUAAAUGUACCGCAUUUUGUUAAAGCA